UUCAAUCGCAAAUUCUAAAUUAAGUUAUUCAUUUAUUUAUGAGUUCUUGUUUUAAAAAAAGAAAAUGGCGAGAGAUAAGAUGUUUGAUCCUAGUUUUCAAAAAGCUUUUACUGAAGCAAUUCUGAAAGAAAAUAAGGUGCGAGUAAACUGGAAUUUAGAACACGGAUCACUCUUAAAGCGAUGUGCAGAAUCUUGUACCUGGGACGAUAUGCCCGACGAUGAUGAUGACGAUUAUGAACCAGAUUCUCCUCCUCAGGAAGUCUCGGCGUUUGAAGAUGAGCUUCAAUCCAUCACUGAUGCUCAUCAAUCUACAAAACCAAAGCCACCGAAAGAAGAUGACGAGAAGGAGCAAUUUCUGCCUCCAUCAGUAACUAAGCCAAUUGAAGUGGAUGUCAAAAAAUUACUUUAUAAAGGUCUCAGUCAGGAAGAGGAAGGUAGAUACCAAUAUCUGAAGAAAAGAUACGAAAAGGAUCCUAAAGAUAAAUUCUAUUAUCCUAUUAUUUCUUCUUGGGAAUACGGCUGGACAUACGGAGGAGAUGAGCAACUGAAACAUCCGGAACACGGCAGGCGACAAAUCAUUGAAGCCUCUUUCUUUCGAAGAAAUGAUCCUCAGUUGAAACCCAGAGAUUGAUUUCUUAUUCUUUUUUCGAAUUGUUGGCUUUCUUCUGUUUAAUUUAUAGUAAAUCUGCAGUUU